AUGCCUCACCUGCGAAUCGGCACACAACUCGCCUCACGCGCUGCUCGGCUCAUAACCCAUUUCGUCAUUUCCCCCCCUUCCGCCUCUCAUUUCCCGGAGCUCCUCCCUCUCGUUUCCCCCCUUUCUCCCUCUCGUCCCCCCCCCCCUUCCGCCUCUCAUUUUCCCCCCUUCCGCCUCUCGUUUCCCCCGCUUCUCCAUCUCGUUUCCCCCCCUCCUCCCUCUCGUUUUCCCCCUCCUCCCUCUCGUUUUCCCCCUCCUCCCUCUCGUUCUCCCCCCUUCCGCCUCUCCUUUCCCCCCCUUCCGCCUCUCGUUUCCCCCUCUCCUCCCUCUUGUUUCCCCCCUCCUCCCUCUCGUUUCCCCCCCUUCUCCCUCUCGUUCUCCCCCCUUCCGCCUCUCUUUUCCCCCCCUUCCGCCUCUCGUUUCCCCCCCUUCUCCCUCUCAUUUCCCCCCUCCUUCCUCUCGUUUCUCCCCCUUCCCCCUCUCGUUUCCCCUCCUUCUCCUCUCAUUUCCCCAACUUCUCCCUCCUAUUUUCCCCCUUCUCCCUCUCAUUUCCCCCCCUCCUCCCUCUCGUUUCCCCCGCUCCUCCCUCUCGUUUCCCCCCCUCCUCCCUCUCGUUCUCCCCCCUUCCGUCUCUCCUUUCCCCCCCUUCCGCCUCUCGUUUCCCCCCCUCCUCCAUCGCGAAAAUGA